UUGGCCUGCUGUGUUCAUCCAGCUCUACACCUUGUUAUCUCAGGUUCUCCAGCAUCAGCAGCUCCUACUAUCCAAGAAAACCCAUGGCCAGUUUCAGUAACUUGUUGCAAUGUCACAAAAUACCCCACGGCCGACAGUCAUAAAAGGAAGCCAAGCUGCACGGUGGCUGAGAAAUCGUUUGCCAUUGGGUCGAUCGCGGAGACGGUACAGGCGAUGGGGCCAGCGACAGUACAGUUUGUUCCCCGGCUGCUGCCAAUGUUGCAGGCUGGUGCACGGGACACAGAUGACGAGGUGCGCAGCAAUUCUGUCUUCGGCAUUGGCGUUCUCGCCGAGCAAGGGAAAGAAGCCAUCUUCGACCACUACCCGUCCCUUCUGAACAUUCUGUCAUCUAUCAUAGCCCGAGAGCAAAAUCGGCGUGUGGUGGACAACGUGUGUGGGGCUGUUUCCCGUAUGAUGAUGACGAAUCUCGCUGGAGUCCCUGUGGAACAGGUAUUUCCUGUCCUGGUGCGGUCACUCCCGCUGAAAGAGGAUCUAGAAGAAAAUAUAACAGUGAUGAACUGCAUCACUUUCUUGUACAAGAACAAUCCCAAUCAGGUCAUUCAACAUUUGCAACACUUGUUGGCUGUUUUUGGUGAAGUGAUUGGAACAGAUCAGCUUAAAGAAGAAAGCCAGAAUGCCUUGGUGAUGUUAUUAAAGGAUAUCCCACAGCGAUUCCCCCAGGAAUUUCAGACGGCCCUGAUGGCGAUUCCUCAGGAAGCUGCCAAGAAAAUCUCAGCAGUCGUGUCCUCCUGAGUUCUCUCUGUUGCGAUUGGCUUCAGGAACGAGCUUGCCCACUUUAUUUCUCUUCAAUCAGUCAGACACAUUACAAUGCCAGCGGAAAAACCCACUGUCUUGGGCAGUGAUAGAGAGUUUGGAGUUCCCUGAUCACCUCUCCACAUGGAACGUAUGAAACAAAAUGGUUAAUGCUCCUUACGAGGAGUUUUUGAACAGAAGUUUGGCGGUUCUGAGGAGCAUGUUGCCACAGUUUCUUGGUUUGUGUUUAUUUCACCCCUGGUGCUAACGAGGGGCAAAUUCUUGUGUUUUCCUGCCAAGGAAGGGAGUGGGGGGAGAAGUGUUUCAAGACUGAUUUUGUGGAAUGAAUUUUUUUUUUGUGGUUGUGAAAAUAUUCUUUGGUUGAAUUAAUAAAAGCCCACAAAAGAA